CCCGUUCUCUGUGCGCACCGGGUCCCCCAGUCAUGCCCUAACCACAGCCCUUUCUCUGUCCAAACCAAGGCUCCCACCGCCGGACUCACCCGGGAUACAACGCCCCCGUGGCCGCAGGAGAGGACCUGCCGACAGCAUGCAGCCUUCACACAGCCCAGCAAGAGCCCGCCCUGCGUCCACAGCUGCAGCAGAGUGAAGCUCCGCACGGUUCUCACACUCCAACAGAGGCUAGGACAGAGUAAAUUCACUCCCGGAGGACUGCGGCACCCUGAGGACGAAGCAGCGACCGGGGAAACAGCAGCAGCCAUGCAGUGUGAGACAUGGAGGCUGUGCGCCCUGCUGUGUCUGUGCGCGUGGGGCGUGGGGGUCUGCCGCUCCGGGCAGGCCUUGCUGCGGAGGCGGCGGUCCCCCGACGAAGAUGCCAGGAAGUGCUCCUACACCUUCCUCGUCCCCGAGACCAAGAUAACCGGCCCCAUCUGCGCCAGCUCCACGGGGCCGGAGCCCGACAAGGACCGGGUGACGCGCAUGGACAUGGCCGACGUGCGGGAGGUGCUGUCCAAGCAGAAGCGCGAGAUCGAGAUCCUGCAGAUGGUGGUGGACGUGGACGGGAACCUGGUGAACGAGAUGAAGCUCCUGCGCAAGGAGAGCCGCAACAUGAACUCGCGCGUGACCCAGCUCUACAUGCAGCUGCUGCACGAGAUCAUCCGCAAGCGUGACAACUCCCUGGAGCUGGCCCAGCUGGAGAACCGCAUCCUCAACGUCACGUCCGAGAUGCUGCGGCUGGCCUCGCGCUACAAGGAGACGGAGCUGCGCUUCUCCGCGCUGGCCAGCAUGGUCAACAACCAGUCGGUCCUCAUCACGGCGCUGGAGGAGCAGUGCCUCCGCACGUACGGCCGGCAGGACCUGCCCGAAAUGCCCCCGCUGGUGCAGGUGGUGCCGGAGAACCUGCCCGUCAACAGCCGCUUCACCAACGAGAUCCAGAGGGACCACAACCGCGCCUUCCCUCGGGGCUCCCGCAUGGACUCGGGCCCCACCGCCAGCCCCCUGGGGUUCCCCCCGCCCCAGGGCACCCUCAGCUCAGACGGGCCGUUUCGGGACUGUUACCAGGUGCGGCAGGCAGGGUACAGCACCAGUGGGAUGUACCUGCUGAAGGUGGACGGGAGCGAGCGGCUCAUUCAGGCAUGGUGUGAGCACGGCUUGGACAACGGCGGCUGGACUGUGUUUCAGAGAAGGAAGGACGGCUCGGUCAACUUCUUUAGGAACUGGGAGAACUACAAGAAAGGGUUUGGAAAUAUAGACGGUGAGUACUGGUUGGGUCUGGAGAACAUCUUCAACAUGGCCAAGCAGGUGGACUACCGUCUGCUGGUGGAGCUGGAGGACUGGGUGGGGAAGAAGGUGUACGCUGAGUACAGCAGCUUCCACCUGGAGCCGGAGAGCGAGUCCUACAGGCUACGCCUCGGCACCUACCAGGGGAACGCCGGGGACUCGCUGAGCAGCCAUAACGGGAAGCAGUUCACCACCCUGGACCGCGACAAGGACGCCUUCUCAGGUAACUGCGCACACUUCCACAAGGGGGGCUGGUGGUACAACGCCUGUGGCCAGACCAACCUGAAUGGCGUGUGGUACAUGGGUGGGGUUUACCGCAGCAAGUUCCAGGACGGAAUCUUCUGGGCCGAAUACGGCGGCGGUUCCUACUCCCUCAAGUCAGUGCGCAUGCUGAUUCGACCGAUUGACUGAGGACAGACAGGCUGGAGCCCCCUGACCUAACCCCCAUCUACCCAGCUUCCUCUUCGACCUCAGUCCUGCCCCCUGCUCUAUGGACAGAGUGCAGACAGAGUGCCUGGUCUGGUCACCCUUCAGUCUGCUGUGCUGCGGAGGGCUGGAUACUUUGGGGCGUGCAAGGACAGGACUACAGUGCGUCCAGCGACCGCGACCACCCCCCCCCCCCCCUCAUCCUGAGCACUGGACAAGUCCGUGGAUGUCGAGGCAGUUGCCGGACGAAUGCGGACUAACACACAGGCAGCUCUCACCGCUCAGCUCCCUUUGGGGAAACUAGCCUGCUGUUCUCCAUGAGGGCCAGGCCUCAACAGACAGCACGGCGGCGUCACUGUACUUGUCCAUGUCUUCCAAAAGCACUAAAGGAAAUCAUGGGGGCGGGGGGGCAGAAGGACUUCUCUGUUGUGUGAUUCUUGCUUUGGUAUGUAUGUAAAUAUAUUUGGCUUAAUCUGAAAAAGUUAAUUUAAAGAAGUCUGAUUCUGCUUGAGCAGUACAUUCUCGACUCCCCCGUCCCCUGUUAUUUAUCAUCCUAUUUAUAACGGAUAUAGUCCCCCUUUUAUUUAUCCAGGAGAAUUAGUACAUGCUGUAUGUGCUUUAUAUAUACAGUUUAGUCCCACACUCUAGCCUUUCCCUGCCCCCCUCCCCCAGUGAUCACUUAUAAAGCCAGUGGACAGGAGGUGGAAUCCAAGUCCAUCUCUGCCAUCAAUACACUGCCAAAUAGAAAGCCGUUUUACACUCACAAACAGACAUAUCUAAACUCAUUCUUUAGUAUAAUUGGACAUGAAUCCCGUCCAAAAAUAAUGUGCCUUUAUAAGAUACCAAACAGAGUGCAAUAAAUUAUAUUUUCUUAAUCUAUACGUUGUAUAUCACCACAGAUGUGUUAUGCCGUUUCCUGAUGACGUUGCAAUGCGAAGCGAUGAAAAUAAGUGAGAAAACAUAUUGAUGAUGUGCUUUGUUCUGGAGGUUUCCAGGAUUAAAAAAUGCAGUCAUAUGAAAAAGUGCUGGGCUAGGCAAUGAGAAGCACAAUGAAAAACAUAUUCCAUGAGCCAGACAAGAGAAAGAGAGCGGCAGAGGGCAGGACCUCGGAUGGAAGACAUCCAAGAUCUCCUAAGGAUUUAUUAAAAACGAGAAAAAAGAAACAUAAAUUGACAUUCUUUCCAUACGGCGUGCUUGGGUUUCAUUUUCAUGUGCGUAUUCCAAAAAAACACCGCUCCCUGCAGGAAGUGGAGGAAAUGUUUCCAAUUGGGGCAAAUAAUCCUAAAACUGCAGGUGAAGUAGGACAUACAAUGACACUAUCACAGUGAAAAUUAUAUGUAUCCCAAACAGGCAUAAAAGCUUAUAGAGUUUCUAAUUCUGCAGGUGACCAAUGAUAUGCUGCAGCAUUUUUCAGUUAUUGUGUACUAUUAACCUGAAAUUAAAUUAUGGGCUUUCAAUUC